UUGGUCUAGGGGUGGCAAAGAUGGCGUUCUUGCAGUGGAGAAGAUUUAAUUUCUUUGACAAAGAAGUGGUUAAAGACAGUGAGACAAAUCAGACUUAUGAUAAGCUAAAAGAAAUCCACAUCACCUGUAGCUCAAGUGGUCGAGGACAAAUAGUGCUAGGAGAUGUGGAAGGCAACGUAUUCUUCUUGAAUCGACAGUUGGUGAUCACAUCAUUCAGAGCUUAUAAACUCAGUGUUUCCCAUGUAGAACAAAUGAGACAGAACCCUAUUCUUGUUACUGUUGGGGCUGAUGAACCAGGUAUAAAUCCCCUGCUUAAAGUAUGGAAUCUAGACAAGAUAGAUGGAAGUGGAAAUCCUUACUGUACAAGGAUAGUUAGAGUAGUGGUGGGACUAAGUCCAUCACCUGUGACAGCAUUAGCUGUCCAUGAGAACUCAAGUUUAAUGACAGUUGGUCUAGAUGAUGGGAAUAUAUUGCUCUUCAGGGGUGACAUAACUAGAGACAGACAUAGCAAGUAUAAAGUUCUUCAUGUUGGAGGCACUAGUGUGACUGGAUUAGGGUUCAGGACAGCUGGUAGACAGAGUUUUCUCUUUGUUGUCACCACUGAUGAAGUUUUCUCAGUUUCUUUAUCUGUUAAAGAUAAAGAAAAUGUGGUUUUGCUGGACAGCCAUGGAUGCCCAGCACACUGUUCUGUUCUUAGUGAUGCUAAACAAGAUAACCAAUUUGUUAUUGGCAGACAAGAUGCAGUUUACUUUUACCAGCCAGAUGGUCGAGGACCCUGUCUUGCAUUUGAAGGUGAAAAACUCAUUUUGCAUUGGUUCAGAGGCUACUUGGUUGUUGUUGGAAAAGAUAAUAAGUCAAAUCCCAGGCCAGGAGGAAUGAUGGCCUUCAUGUGCAUCACUUGCCACACAGGUCUGCUGAAUUCUGACAAAGUUUUCUGAAGUUCACCC